AUGUCUCUAGCAACUCUCGACGUAUCCCAACAUCCUAAUCUACCUCAAUCCUCUGCCACUCUAUUCGCCGCAAAGGCACAGAAAAAGGUGACGUUUGAAGAGAUUGCCAAAGUGGUCGGGCGAGACGAGGUCGCCGUUGCUGCUCUGUUCUACGGUCAAGCUAAGGCUUCUCCUGAAGAUAUCAAGAAUUUGUCCGAAUACUUUGGUAUUGAACAUGCGACUCUCGAGCAACAGCUAGGCGGGUUUCCAGACCGCGGAAAGAGCGUGGAGUGGCCACCAAAAGAACCACUGAUUUAUAGACUCAUGGAGAUAGUCCAAAAUUAUGGAUAUGCAUAUAAAGCUAUUCUCAAUGAGAAGUUCGGCGAUGGAAUCAUGAGUGCUAUCGCUUUCUCGACACACGUUGAGAAGGAGGUUGACAAAGAUGGCGUUACAUGGGUCAACAUCAAACUUAGAGGCAAGUGGCUGCCAUUCACUCGAUUUUGA